AUGUACCUGAUCACUGUGCUUGGAAACUUACUCCUCAUCCUGGCCGUCAUCACAGACUUUCAUCUCCACACCCCCAUGUACUUCUUUCUUGCCAACCUGUCUUUUGUGGACAUCUGUAUUACGUCUACCACCGUCCUCAAGAUGCUGGUGAACAUCCAAGCACACAGCAAGGCCAUCACCUUCCGAGCUUGCAUCACCCAGAUGUUUUUCUUCCAUUUCUUUGCAGGACUGGACAACUUUCUCCUGGUUGUGAUGGCCUAUGACCGCUUCGUGGCCAUUUGUCACCCCCUGUACUACACAGUCAUCAUGAAUCCUCAGCAAUGUGGGCUGCUGGUUCUGGUGUGCUGGGUUACCGUGGUUUCCUUGUUUUACUGCUCAGCCAUUGGCGUUUAUCUGAGCUCUGCUGGUGCUCACAGCUCAUACUCCAGUGCAAAAGCCUCAGUGAUCUACACGGUAGUCACCCCCAUGCUGAACCCCUUCAUCUACAGUCUGAGGAACAAAGACAUAAGGGGGGCAUUGAGAAUUCUGAUAGGAAAAGAGAGAAAAAAACUUCUGCUGUCUUGA